AUGCUUGGCGCGGCGGAUCAUGAUGGUGACAAUAAAGGAGGUGAUACUAACGAAGAUGCUGGUAUUAUCGAUGGCGAGUUAGUGUUGGAGGGAGGAGAGGGAGGUGAUAUCGUUGCUGCUCCGUUGGUGUUAUCAGCUACUAUUGCUGAUGUUAGCGUGAAUGAUCCUCACGGUAAUAUCGAUGGCGGUUCCGCUUCCGCUCCGGGCGAUUGCGGCGCGGCUUCUAACGCCGCGACAGACAGUGUCGCAGCUACGUCUCGUGACUCGACGUCGCCAGGAGCUGGAGCCUCGUCGCACGGCCCUCAAGAAGUCGCAGGGGUUGUCGCACAGAACUGCAGCGAAAUCGCCGGAACCGUCGCAUCAUCAAUGGCGACCCAGGAGGCUGAAAUUGUCGCUCAGCCUGCCGCCGCCCCAUUACAGCCCCCGUCCGCGAAACUCGGCCGUCUCGACGAAACAGUACCCGCCACGUGGCAACAGCAAGAGCAGCAGCAGCAGCAGCAGCAGCAGCAGCAGCAGCAGCAGGAGCACUCGAGCACAAUACCAGACCACCACCACCACCACCACCUUCACCACCCCCUCUCCCCUCAAGAACCCCCCUUCCCCUCCCAGCGCCAGCCUUUCCGCGUGAUCCCCCACCCCCCCCGCCGCGACCUCCUGCGCGUUCCGCCGGGCGCUUGCGCGGAGUGCGGGGCGGACAAGGCGGGGUCCGCGGACUGCGUGCGUGCGCACUGCCACGAGGCGGACGAGGAUCUAGAGGCGGAGCUGGGGCCCGCCGCGUAUCACGCGCUGGGGCUGGCGGAGAUGGGGGAGAAGGUCGCGGAGGGGUGGAGCCCCGAGGAAAUAGAGCUUUUCCUGACUAUCGUCGAACUUUACCCGCAGAGUAAGGGUCUAGACUUCUGGGGACCCCUAAAACGGGCGUUUGCGUCUGCUGGAGGGCCGGAGGGGGAGGCUGGGGGGGAGGGCGCGGGGGGAGGUGGGGGGAUACUAGGGGGGAUGGGGAUGUGCGCGGAGGGGCGGCGGAGGAGGCGCGUGCGGAGUGUGAAGGAGCUGGUGAGCUUCUAUUUCAACGUGUUUGUGCUGAGGAGACGAGCCCUGCAGAAUAGGAUUCCGGGCAUGGAGGCAGAUUCUGAUGAUGAUGAGACGGAAUUGGUGGUACAAGAGGAGGAGGAGGAGGGAGAGGAUGAGGAAGAGGAGGGGGUGGAUGGGAGAGUGCAUGGAAAGGGGUUGAUUCUGGGUCAGCAGAUACAGGAGGGAGGAGGAGGGGAGGUGGGGGAAGGUGAGGGGGAUGAUGAGGAGGAUGAGGAGGAGGAGGACGAAGAGGAAGAAGAAGAGGAGGGGGAUGAAGAGGAAGAGAUGAGAGGGGGGUUUGUGGAGUACGGAGUGAGAGUCCAGGGUUUGGGUGCAGUUGGGAGUGGUGCUGCGGUGGAAGUGGUGGUGGAAGAGGAGGAAGAGGAGGAAGAGGAGGAUGAGGAGGAGGAAGAAGAGGAGGAUGAGGAGGAAGAAGAGGAGGGGGGGGAUGAUGAGAGAGGGGAGGAGGACGGCUUAUGUGAUUAUGGGGGUGGGGGAUAUGAAAUGCAGGGGUCAGUGGAGAUUAGAGAAGUGGGGGGAGUGGGGGAUGAGGAGGAGGAGGGAGAUGAUGAUGAUGAUGAUGAUGAGGAGGAGGAAGAGGUGUGUGUGAGUGGGGAGGAAGAGGAGGGAGAAGAUGAUGACGAGGAGGAGGAAGUGCAGGGGGGAGAUGAGGAGGGAGAGGGAGACGAGCAGGCGAUGCGGCAGUAUGGAGCGAUGCAAGGGAGGAACAUGCAAGGGAGGAAGAGGCGGCAUGUGCUCAUCACUAUGAAUGGAUCCGUACUGGCUCGCCCCGUUGCUGCUGGUGCUGGGGCAGGGGGGGCAGAGUGGGAGGACGGGGCAGCAAACCGGGCAGGAGACGGGGAAACAAGGCUGGUGAGCGGCGAGACGGUUGUGGGGGAGGAGCGAGCAGCAGGAGGGGAGCAGGGGGGUAUGCCGCUGCAGGGGAGGUCGAGAGCAGGAGAGGCGGACACACAGCAGAUGAAGCGUGACUUGAAGACGAUUCGUGCUUCAAUUGGAGAUGAGAGUCGGCCGUCGGGUCUGUUCAAAGCGCCAGCUGAUCGCCCACACAGGGUGAAGGAGAAGCGUGUCCAUGGGAAUACGUCAGCAUCACUCGUCGACACGUCAGCAGCGCAGUUCCACUCGUUAGAGGAAGGUUCCAGGAAGCGUGCAAGAGAUGAAAUGGAUCUUCCAGCAGCAUCAGCAGCAUCAGCAGGAGGAUCAUCAAGCGCAGCUGUUCAGUACACUUUUGAUAAUACCCAUAAUCUUUCAGGCUGCUCCCCCGCGAGCUCUCCUGCUCUUCCAUCCACUGCUGCACUUACAGACCCGUCCGCACUCACAUAUGCAUCUGCGCCUUCCCAGAAGCAGCACGUGUAUGCUCCGAGCUCUCCAGGUGGUCUCAUGCACUCAGGACGAGAAGAGCAAUCAGCAGGCGCUGCUGACGUGGCUGCUGCCAGCGUGGCGAAUGUCUAUGCUUGUGAUGGGAGCAGGGGAGCGGAAGACCUCGGGAUUGUACCUGCUGCUGCAUCCCUAGGUGCAGGUGUAGUUGCAGGUGCUACUCCCAGCAGUGCUCGCAGCCCUCGUGCGGAGGGUAGCAGCAGGCCUCAUCCCCGACUAUGCGCGCUUCUGCCCCUCGGGAUUGCCAGACGCUCAUGCAGCUCUCUCUCCCCGCCCUUUCCUCCCUCCCCUUUCCCCCCAGGCUGCAUCAGCGUGCGCAGAGUAGCAGCAGGCCUUAUCCCCCGCUAUGCGCGCUUCUGCCCCUCGGGAUUGCCGGACGCGGCACAGACGCUCAUGCAGCUCGCGGAUUGGUGCGUGGCGGAGCUGCUGCAGCGCCAGGGGGAAGCGGGGGAAGCGGGGGAGGGGGAAGCGGAGGGGGGGAGAGGCGCGCAGGGCGAAGCAGGGGAGGGGAGAGGCGCACAAGGGGAAGGGGCGGAGGGAAAGUCCGAGCAGGGGGAAAGGGGGGUGCAGGGGCAGCAGGGGGGGUCAGGGGCGCGUGAGAAAGCUGGUGGAGGGGAAGCAGGAGGAGGAGCAGCAAAGGAAGAAGAAGGGUCGGGUAUGGAACAAGGCCCUGGCGAUUCCAUGACUGCCACUCCUGCAGAGGCAUCAACAGAAUCAGCAGCAGCAGCAGCGACAGCAGCAAGGGCCGAGCGCCCUGUACCUGGUGGUACCAACAAAGCAGCAUGCCGGCGCAAUCUCGUCCCGCCGCCCGACGACUCCAAGGUCAUCAUGGCGACGGUGCGGUCGGCAUUUCUCGGCCUGGCGUCCAUCCUGGCUGUAGCGGCGGCUGCAGCAUCUGCUACAGCCCCCUCCUCCCGCACCUCUGCUCCGGCGUACCUCUCCUCUGCUGUGUCUCGGGAUGUGGCCCGAUUCCUCCUGUCGCACCUCCACCCUGAUUGCACUCUGCCCCUGCCUCCCUUUCAUGCUCCUGACUCGGCUGCUGGUGAUUCUGCAUCUGGUGGUGUUGAUGCUGGUGCUGCUGCUGGUGGCGAUUUCAACGCUCCUUCCUCUGUCACCGAGUUGAGUGGAAGUCUUUUAGCAGGAGAUGGAGUAGCAGCAGCAACAGUGGCAGCAUCAGCUGAUGGAAAACGGGGGGUUUCUCCUGAAGCUGGUUCUUUGUAUGAUGCGGAACGGAAUCGAACCGGAUGCAGCAGCACCGCAGUAGGGUUACCACCAGAACUAGGUUCGGACGACGGAGGCCUGGAGCUGACCUCAGGUCCGGAGCUAGCUUCGGUAAAGCAGAUCGUGGCAGCGGCGGUGGUUCGGGCGAUGCAGCUACAGCCAGAGGCGAUGUUAGGGGCGGCGAUAGAGCAGGCACGGACGGGGGGAUGUGGAGGGGUUGGGAGGGGUGGUGGUGAGAGACAGAGGGGUAAGCAGGCGAUUUCGUUUCUGCUGCAGGUGACUGCUGCUCGGGAGGUGGUGGGUGGGGAGGAGGAGUGGGAGAGUAAGGAGGGCAGGAAGGGUAAGAGGGCAAAGGUGAGUGAGAAAGAGAAGAGGGAGGAGAAGGAAGAAGGGGGGGAUGAAGGGGUGGAGAUGAAGGAAGGGGAUGAGAAAGAUGACAAGAGAAAGGGAGGAGAAGAGGGAGGAGAGAGAAGGGCAGCAGCAGCAGCAGGUGAGAGUGAGAAGGAGGCUCGUGGUGGUGAUGGUGAUGAAGGUGAUGAAGGGAUAGGACUGAGGAAGGAGAAGAUGGGAAAAGCAGAGGAGGAGAAGGAGGUGGAAGAGGCGGAGGGGGUAAGUGCAUCAAAGAUGGUUCCCAAGGAAGAGAAGGAAGACUUGAGGGAGGCUAGGGGGGGCAGUGAAGGGAGGGUGGACAGGGAGGGUAGGGAAGAUAAGGAGGGGAGAGAGGAGUUUGGGCUGCAAGAGGAGACGGGCAAGGAGGAUAGUGCCAGGAGCAAGAGGAAGAGAGCGCAGGAGGAGCAGUCAAGCAUGGCAUUCCAAGCCUUGGAUGGACGUCCGGAGUCGCUUCGGUGGCUAGCAGCGGUGCUGCAGCAGACUGGUGGUGGGGACAGGGGCGAGGGCGAGAGGGACGAGCGGGGAGGAGUGGGGAAGGAGGCGCAGCAGAGGGAAUUAGAGAGGGGUGGGGCGGCAGGAGGAGCAGGAGCUGCUGCUGCUGCUGCUGCUGGUUCAGGUGUUGCAUCAGGUGCUGGCUCAGGUGUAUCUGGGUGGUCGUGGGACGGGGAGGUGUUUACUGUGACGCGGUUCCUGGAGCUCACCUUCUGCUCCGAGGCAGGGGCACCUGUCCCGGUGGAGGGCGUAUCUGGGGAAGGCCACAGGACGGUUCUGCGCUCCCUCUUUGAGAAAUUCGGGCCGGUGGAUGAGGUGGUCGUGGUGGCGGGCGGCGGGGUAGGUGGGACUGGGGUAGGUGCUUCUGGGAGUGGUUUCGGAGGGGGUGUUGGUGGAGGUGAGGAGCGGGAUGGGCUGGGAGGAGGGGGAGGGGGAGGAGGGAGAGGAGGGGGAGGAAGGGGAGGAGGGGGCGGGGGAAGGGAGCAUGGCACGCCAGUGCAUGUGGUGGUAACGAUGGUGACUGUACGUGAGGCUGUGAGGGCGAGGGAGGGGCUGAAUGGGGUGGUGCUGUGGGGGAGAAGGCUGCACGUGCGCUUUGGGGAUGGACCGGGGGGGGUGUUAUCUGGGGGAGGUUUACCUGGUGGGGGUAUACCUGGGGGCGGCAUGGGGGGAGAGAGAGGGGUGGAGAUGGGUCGAGCAGGUACGCCUCCUCUUCCUCUGCCUCCUGCUGCGACUGCUAGUGGGGGUUCUGAUUCUCUGCCGCCUGCUUCUCGGCUGCAUGUGUGGGUGGGUGGCGUGAACAGUGCGAGUGCGAAGGAAAGCCUGCUGCAGCGGCUGGCAUCUGCCGGAGUCCCGCCGCCCGCCCAUGUGUCGGUCCUAGUCAGCGCCAGCGCACUGCUCCUGGAAUUCAGGAGGCAGGAGGAUGCCAACAUGGCCCUGUUGUUCUUAAAACGAGGGGUGGUGCCGGUGCCAGCAGCAGCGGCAGGAGGAGCAGCAGGAGGAGCAGCAGGAGGGGCAGCAGGGGGAGGAGAGGGAGAUGGUGCAGGGGACAGUGGUUAUGUCCGUGGUGCCACUCCUGCUGGUUCUGCCUCUGCUGAUGGUGGUGGAGAUAGUGGAUUGGCAGGAGGAUUCAGAAGAGGGGGAAGUAGAGAGAGGGGUUACUCUGUAACCAAGACUCCUCCUCUGUCUGCUGCAGCAGCAGCAGCAGGGUCACCAUCACCAUCGCCAUCACCAGCAGCAGCGGCUGCUGCCGGCCCUGGUGGUGGCUUUGGAGGGUUCUCCGGCCCUCACGCUCAUUCUUCCGCUGCUGCUGCGGCAGCAGCAGCGGCGUCUGCUGCUGCGGCUGCAGCUCUUUCCCCUGUUAUCCGCGGCUCAGGAUCUGCCAUCCCCUCUGCAACAGCCAGCACCACACCAUCAGCAGCAACAGCUGCACGAGCAGCAGCGGCAGCAGCAACAGCAGGCACGCCAGCAGCACUGGCAGCACCAGGAGCAGCAGGGGUGGGCGGGUUUACCCCUACCCACACAACAACCCAGCAGGCUCUAGCAGCGGCUGUAGCGGCAGCAGCAGCCAACACCCCUGGCGCGCAGGCUGUAGCGGCGGCAGCAGCAGCCGCGUCAGGGAUGACGUCAGCGCUGGUGGUGGGCGGCCCGUCUGCCGCCCGGCACCUGUGGGUGGGGAAGAUCGAUCCAACGGUUCCCGAGCACGAGAUCCUGUCGGCGUUUGCGCAGUACGGCGAGAUCGCCAGCUGGCGCUUUGUGAAGCCGCCAGGUCAGCAAGAGGGAGGAGCGGGAGGAGCAGGCGCAGGAUCUGGGGGGGUAGGGGUUGCUGGAGGGUCUGGUUCUGCUGGUACUGGUCUUGGUGGUAGUGCUGGUGCUGGUGCUGGUGCUGGUGCUGGUGCUGGUGCUGGUGCUGGUGCUGGUGCUGGGGCUGGUGCUGGCGCUGGCGGUGGUGGUUUUACUGGUGGGGAGAGUGAAGGAGGAAGCACGGGAGCAGGAGGGGCGGCAGAGGGAGGGAGGGGUCAGUCUGGAGCUGCUGCUCUGGUGUCGGCGUUUAUUGAUUUCCGGUCGGCAGAGUCGGCUAUUUUGGCCCGGUCUCGACUCAACGGGGCACGAUACGGCUGCGCUAACAUCCAGGUUGAGUUCAAGCAUGCAGCAUCACGAGCAGCACCCUCCCCCCAACACGCCUCCCUCUCCCACCUGCAUCACCUGCACGCCCUCUCCCCCGCAGCUCGCCUCAUGCCCCUUGCCUUCCUCCCCAUCCCAGGCCUCCCCUCCCACCUCCCCUUCACCCCCGCUGCCGCCCACACUCUCGCCGCCCAGUCUGCCGCCGCCCACACCCUUGCCGCCCAGUCCGCUGCCAGCCUCAGUGCAGCAGCAGCCAUGGCUGCGUUCAGCCUGUCUGAAUCCGAGUUACAGGGGAUUUUCACGGCUGCUGCGGCAGGCAGGGGGUAUGUGACGCGUGUGCGGAGUGCGCGGUCGAUGAGGGGUCCGUGCCGGUUCAUCGAGUUUGACCGAGUGGAGGCGGCUGCUACGGCCCUCAGGAACAUUGUGGCUUCGGAGCGAUUUGAUUCGGCAGUCCAAGUGCAGUUCAGUGGCGGUGGUAGUGCUGCUGGUGCUGGUUCUGGUGGUGUUGUUGGUGCUGGUGCUGGUGGUGGUAACAGUGUAACAGAGGAAAGUGCACCGAGACUCACUGCAAGUGGCAGCAGCAGCAGAUGGGACAUUCGCGAACCCUCUCAUCCCCAUCCUCAUAUCCCCUCCUCCCAUUCACACGCUUCCGCCUCCCAUCCACACAUCCCCUCUUCCCAUCCGCACACACCCUCUUCCUCCACCUCUCUCCCACCCCACCCCUCGCACCACGUGGGUUCUACUAGAGGCAGGGGGGCAGGUGUAACUACAGGUGGAAUGCCAGAUGUUACAGUAGGUGUAACUACAGGUGUAACGGCAGAUGUAACAGCAGGUGUAACGUCAGGUGUAGGGGCAGCAGAUGGAGGAGGGGCAAGCUUUGAGAUAUCUCGGAAGUGGGAUAGUGCACGGGUGGGAGAUGACUUUGCAAGUGGGAUGACAGGAGCAGGAGCAGGGGCAGCAGCAGCAGCAGCAGCAGCAUCACCGAUUGGUACAGCUUUUGCGUCUCUUCCUCCUCCUCCUCUUCCCCCUCCGCCGCUUUCUCCCCCUCCAUCCGCCAUUGUUCCUCUCCCACCCACUGCCGCCCCUGUCACUCCUCUCCCGCCCCUCCCACCCCCCGCAUCGUCUCUCCCCCUCACAGACUCAACAGACAGGGCUGGCUUGUUGGGGGCUCCAAGGGAGGGAGAGGAGAGAGGAGGAAGAGGAUUGGAUGGAAGGGCAGGAGAAGGGGGAGCAGUUGCAGCGGGUGAUGCAGUGGGUGGUGCUGCUGCUCCUGCUGUGGGUAUGGAUAUGGGUAUGGAGGGUAUGGGGGCACAUGAGGGCAUGGGAGCAGCACAGGAGGAAACAGACAUGGAUUUUGAUGAUGAUGAUGGUGCCACUAUUAAGCACAUGCAGCAGAUCAGAGGCAGUCGCUACGACCCGGCCCUUGCUGCAGGCCAGCACGAGCCACUCGGGUGGCCUGAUAAGUUGGAUGUGACAAAGCGGGCAGAUUUCCGGGCAGUGCGAAACACUUUCAAUGCCUGCCCCAGCUCUCGGAGGGAGGUGUGCCUUCUCGUCCCGCUGCCCUCCUCAUCCUCUGCUGCUCGCCCAACCGACGCUGCUGGCCCAUCCUCUGGGGACUAUCUGCGGCAGAAGAAGCUUCGUCUCAUUCGUCUCCUCGUCCUCUCCCGUCCUCCCCUUCCCCCCCUCUUCACAUGCCCACAGUUCACGCGCAUGGUGGACUAUUUGCGGCAGAAGGAGCGUGCAGGGGUGGUGAAGAUCCCUCCGGCCAAUGGCGUGUGGCCACGUAUGCUCUAUGUGCUGCCGUGGUCCCGGGAGAUGUGUGAGCUGCUGGGGGUCACUACCGACUCCCCUGACUGCCUGCUCGGUCUCAUACUCCCAGCUGUGCCGCUCCCCGCCCACUGA